GAUUUUAUUAUAAAAGGUGGCAGACACUGAAUCUCACACACAACUGCAAUCCACCCCAACAACCAGAGAAAGAUGGUGUUCACCGUAAGUGAUUUGGGCUUUCAGGCCGGUAGGGAGCUGUGCGUCACCGGCAGGGUCAAACCCAACUGUGAAGUAUUCUCAAUUAACUUUGGUUAUGACUAUGACAACAUUGCCUUUCAUUUCAACCCUCGAUUCAACCACGGAGGCGACGUGAAAACCAUCGUGUGUAACUCUAAGAAGGGCGGCUGGAGUGAGGAGCAACGUUACACAUUUUUUCCCUUUGAACAAGGCAAAGAGUUUAAGGUGAGCUUCACCUUCAACCAUGAAAACUUUUAUGCCAAACUUACCGAUGGGAACAUGAUAACCUUCCCAAACCGCUUUGGAACGGAAACCUUCAAUCAUCUCCAUGUAGGUGGUGACGUCACGGUUAGCAGCAUGGUGGUCACCUGAGCAGUAAAAGACAUCAUAAAUCAAUGAUGUUCAGUAGUAAUAUCUCAGUUUUACUGCUGUUACUUCUGCAAUGAAAGUCACUGCAAAUAAAUCCAUCUGAACGAAAA